AACUUCUCCGGAGCGCCGGGCGCACAGCGCGCCCCCUUCUGGGAACGCGGCGUAAAAACCCCUGCCGGAGCCCAUGCAGGCGGCCGCUCCGCGCAUCCCCGUCGGCGGCCCGCGGCGCUUGUGGGCCAGUCCUGCCGCCGCCGCCGCCUCCAAGCAGCUGACCUCUUUUCUCAUCCGAGACAUUUUGCGCCAUGGAGGCGCUGGGGAGGCGCGGGCUGCCGAGGGGCCUCCCGGCUCCCGACUGGAGGAAGCAAGAAGAGCGGCGGAGGAGCAGCGACAGGAGGCUUCGCCCUUGGACGCAGCCCAGAGGGAUCUUCUUCCUGCCGGACCCGGCCAGGCGCUGGAGAAGCCCUGCGAGAUGGAGGAGGCCGCAGAUCCACCUGCUGAGGCCUGCCUGCCAACCCCUUCCAAAUCCCUCCCGAACCACCUGAGGCCCCUGAAGCAGCAGAAGCGCUCCCGUGCUGCCUUUUCUCACACUCAGGUCAUAGAGUUGGAAAGGAAGUUCAGUCACCAGAAGUACCUGUCUGCCCCAGAGCGAGCCCACCUGGCCAAGAACCUGAAGUUGACCGAAACCCAGGUGAAAAUUUGGUUCCAGAACCGACGGUAUAAGACCAAGAGGAAGCAGCUGGCCUCCGAACUCAGCGGACUGGAUAAGAACUCUGUUAUGCCAGCCUUGAAAGACCGUGACUUGUCCAGGGCUUCCUUUGCCCUCUCUGUGUAUCACAGCUACCAGUACAAUCCAUAUCUAUACUGCCUGAAUGGCUGGAGUCCCAUCUUCUGGUAACUAGCAUGAUUUAAAAAAUACUCAGUGCAUCAGUGCCUAAGGAGUGGCUGUGCUAUGGUGGAAUAGGUGGGCACUCUGACUUGCCAGGGGCACUUGGUAUCCCACACCCACACCCGUGCCUUCACACGUCAAGGGAAAGUGCCUGGUGCUUUAGAUCUCUGAAGAUUUUGGCCACCAUGAUGGUUGAUGCUGUGCACAAAGGAAGGACUUUGCCCAUAAUUAGCUUUUAAUGCAAAUAGCUAUGCAGUAUGCAGCCAUUAUGUGAGCAUAGGGCAACUGCCUUGAGUUAUUGGACAGGACUGUGUUCUUUGUUACAGCCACGUGUUCUUUCCUAGGGGCCAUUGACCGACAAUUGUCUGUCUUUUAUGUGACUGAUCAAUUACGUUUCAAUAAAUGUGUACAUUUCUGAAAACCUCAACAGAGGUGCCUUUUCUGAAUUACUGAAGGAAGUGUGUGAGUGAAAGCUCUAAUGCAAUAAACGGUUACCUUUA